AUGCCUACGCAAAGACCUUCAUUCCUCGGCAACUUCCUCACAGCGUUUCGAGCACAUCCACAAGCACUCCCCAAAACGCAGUCUUCAAUAUCUUCGUCGACCGUGGGAGCGACGGCAGCCACCAUAUGGACGGCUGCCCCCCAGCAGAAUGUCAAGACGGCGUCGUCGGGCCCCGAAACGACAGUAGCAAGUCCCAGACCGAUCAACCCCAAGACCAAUCCGUAUAACGCGCAGACAAGCACGCCGGCUCAAGACCGCCAGCUAGUAGCUUCGUUGUCACCUCUCCAGCACAACGUCAGUCCGCAGACGCAUCUGCCUCGCUCCCCACCUUCGCCUGGUCUGCCCACAUAUGGGCCUCAAAACAAGCCCCAACCGAGCUAUCCUUCCGUGCAAGAAGCGAGGCGGUCACGGCGAGGCAGUGAUAGCAGUUCCGACUCGGGUGGAUUCAGAGAGGUCAGAGGAGGCGGCGAGAAAUGGUUCAUUGGUGGUCUGACGCCGGCUGGGGAAGAGAAGUACUACAAGCUGAGCAUGGUCAAGAGAGAUAAGAGCCUAGACCGUAUAUCCACUGAUCAGAUGAGUUUAUGA